GCUGCCCUUACGGACAAAACGGUGAAGAUGUGGAUAGACGGUCGUCCUGUCGAGUCAAAGACUAAGGAUUGGAUCGAUCUUACCAACCCUGCUACAAAUGAAGUCAUUGCCAAAGUACCCAAGUGCACAAAGUCGGAGAUGGAGACAGCCGUUGAGUCCUGUAAGAAAGCUUACAGUUCGUGGAAAAAAACUUCUCCUAUGGCGCGUCAACAGACUCUGUUCCGCCUUGCAGAGCUCAUCAGACGUGAUCAGAAGAAACUCGCAGAGAACAUUAUACAGGAGCAAGGAAAGAAUAUGUCUGAUUCUGAAAGAGACGUUGCCAGAGGUAUUCAGACCGUUGAACAUGCCUGCUCAGUGCCAUCACUCAUGAUGGGAGAGACUCUUCCUAAUGUAUCACGCGAUAUGGAUGUAUACUCGAUACGCGUUCCAUUGGGAGUCACUGCUGGUAUUUGCCCAUUCAACUUCCCAGUUAUGGUCACGUUGUGGAUGUUCCCUCUUGCACUUGCCACUGGAAACACCAUGGUGAUAAAGCCAUCAGAGCAAGAUCCUGGAGGAACCAUGAUGCUCAUGGAACUAGCCAAGGAAGCUGGUAUUCCUGACGGCUGCGUCAACGUGAUCCAUGGUAUGCAUGACACUGUGAACUUUAUAUGUGACCAUCCUGAUAUUCAGGCAAUCUCCUUUGUUGGAGGAGAUAAUGCGGGCAAAUACAUCUAUGAACGUGGAGCUCGCGGCGGAAAGCGUGUCCAGGCGAAUAUGGGAGCGAAGUGCCACGGAGUGAUCAUGCCAGACUGCAACAAAGAACAGACACUUAACCAGGUGAUUUCUGGCUGUUUCGGAAUGGCAGGACAACGUUGCAUGGCUCUUUCAACAGCGAUUCUCGUCGGCGAGGCCCGUUCAUGGUUACCUGAGAUUGUUGAGAGAGCCAAGAAGCUCGUCGUGAAUGCAGGAUGGAAGCCGGACUGCGAUAUCGGCCCAAUGAUAUCGAAGGCCGCNGUGAACGGCUACUUCCUUGGGACAACCGUUAUCGCAGGAGCUAAGCCGCACAUGAAAUGCUACCAGGAAGAGAUUUUCGCACCGGUACUGGUUGUCAUGGACGUCGACAACCUGGACGAGGCCAUUGAAAUCAUCAACAACAAUCGUUACGGAAACGGAGCAGUCGUCUUUACGUCGAACGGCGCUACUGCUAGGAAGUAUGCUUUCCUCAUGUUUCAUUAUCAUGAUCCGAGAAUAAUGACAACUUCACUUAGAUUCGUGAAUGAAGUGGACAAUGGUCAUUUUGGCGUAAACGUACCCGUCCCAAUUCCCUUGCCUAUGUUCUCCUUCACGGGAUCACGUGGUUCAUUCAGAGGUGACCUGAACUACUACGGAAAAGCUGGCGUUCACUUCUACACCCAGUGGAAGACCAUCACGCAGCACUGGAACCAGAACCUAAUACGAUAA